AUGUCUGACAACGUGUCUUCUGAGGGUACUCGAAGAGAAUCCGGGCAAGCCGAAAGGGCUUUUAUUCGUGUCAAGGAGAUGAGAGAGGAUCCUGAUGUUGACCGCUUAACGUACUUGCAUAAAGCUUUACAGAAAUUGGUCGCAAAGUUAUCGACGAUUAUCUCGCCAUCAGUAGUUGCAUUUGAGGAAUUUGUUCUCUCGGAGAACGGUAUUCCGAAAUCCAUCUCCUCCCGAGAACGUACGCGACGUCGUUUCCCGGCAUUGCCAGAAGAGCGAGUUGAAGAUUAUUAUGACAAUACUGGGAAAGGGCCUGUUCACCGAUAA